CAAGGGUUGGGGGUACACGUGUUUUUGUGUGACUUAUGUCGUCAGAAAAAAAAUGAUACAAAUUGUCGUCCGUGAAAACAAGACGUACAGACUCUGCUGGCUUUCGGUUCGGCAUCAAAUGAACUUCAACUUGUGACCUUACAAAUACAACAAUGUCGGAUGUUGUUACCAAGUACGCGGAAGUUGCUGCUCGGCAGGAGGCUGAGAUUGCAAAAUUGAAAGAAGAAAUUCUUGCUUUGCAAAAUGGAGAGGUUGAGUUAUCUCCGGAGGUUGAGAAACUCAAAGUUGAGAACCAGAAACUCAAGUAUCGUCUUGGACACCUACUCAGGAGCAUUGCUGAAGAAGAAAAGAACACGGCUAAGGCUUCUUCAGAUGACGCCAACGUGAUGACCAACAUCAGCCAGAAGCUGGAGACUGUGUUUGCCACGGCAAUCAAAGCUUCGUUCCCAGAGCUUCCCAAUCCGUCAGUUGCUGUAGAAUCCAGCAAGAAUGAUCGCUUUGGCGAUUACCAAUGCAACAGCGCUAUGGCUAUUGCUCAGCAACUAAGAGCUAUUGGAAAGAAGACUUCACCAAAUGAAAUUGCCAGGGAAGUCGUGAAGAGCUUGCCACCUAGUGACAUCAUAGAAAAGGUUGACAUUGCUGGCCCUGGUUUCAUCAAUAUCCACAUCAGACGUCCCUUUGUUUCCACAGUGAUCAGUGACAUUCUAAACAAGGGAGUCAGGCCGCCAAAGACUGGCGGCAAGCGACGGGUUGUCAUCGACAUGUCCUCGCCAAAUAUUGCUAAGGAAAUGCAUGUGGGUCAUCUAAGGUCAACCAUCAUUGGUGAGAGCAUCUCUCGACUGCUGGUUUUUGCAGGUCAUGAACUCGUGAAGGUGAACCAUCUGGGUGACUGGGGUACCCAGUUUGGGAUGCUUAUCGCCCAUCUACAGGACCGUUUCCCAAAUUACUUGACUGAGUCGCCCCCUAUCUCCGAUCUUCAGGCAUUUUACAAGGAGUCUAAAGUUCGCUUUGAUGAGGAUGCUGAGUUCAAGAAGCGUGCCUACUCAUUGGUUGUCAAGCUACAAGCUAAAGAUUCAGACAUCAUCAAAGCAUGGACCAUGAUCUGUGACAUCUCAUUCAAAGCUUUUGAGGAGAUCUAUGAGCGACUUGGCGUCAAGAACCUCAUUCCCCGUGGGGAGUCUUUCUACCAAGACAUGAUGGUAUCAACAGUUGAGACCCUGGAGAGCAAUGGUUUUGUAAAGCUGGAUGAAGGGAGGAAAAUCAUGUUCACAGAUGCCGGCAAAGUGCCAUUGACGUUGGUCAAGUCUGACGGAGGGUUCACAUACGACACAUCGGACAUGGCCUGUAUUAGAUAUAGGAUUUUCGAAGACAAGGCAGACUGGAUCCUGUAUGUUAUAGAUGCGGGACAGAGCAUACACAUGGAGAAUAUAUUUGCCGGAGGGAGGAUGGCAGGUUGGUACGACCCAGCCAAGAUGCGAAUUGAACAUAUCAAGUUUGGGGUCGUCUUAGGUGAAGACAAGAAAAAGUUCAAAACUCGCUCUGGUGAUACUGUACGGCUAGCAGACCUCUUGAACGAGGGAAUGAAACGAUCAUUGGAUAAAUUGAAAGAGAAAGAAAGAGACAAGGUAUUGACUGAAGAGGAACUGCUGGCAGCCCAGCGUUCUGUAGCCUAUGGCUGUAUCAAGUAUGCUGACUUGUGCCACAAUCGUAUUUGUGAUUACGUCUUCUCAUUUGAUAAGAUGUUGGAUGACAAGGGCAACACGGCUGUGUAUCUUCUGUACGCAUUCACCAGAAUCAAAUCCAUUGCACGUCUUGCCAAAAUAGACCAAGCAGCCAUCCUGAAAGCAGCAGCCACGACCCCCAUUGACCUGACCCACGCCAAGGAGUGGAAACUGGCCAAGUGCCUGUCCCGCUUCCCUGAGAUCAUCACACGCAUCCUGAGUGAGAUGCUCAUGCACAUGCUAUGUGAGUAUCUGUAUGAGCUGACCACGACAUUCACCGAGUUCUACGAUGUGUGCUACUGUGUGGAGAAAGACAGGCAAACAGGUGAAAUUGUGAAAGUUAACAUGAGUCGGAUUCUUCUGUGUGAAGCCGCAGCGGCUGUCAUGGCAAAAGGGUUUCACAUCUUGGGACUUGAACCUGUCAACAGAAUGUAAUUCAUCAGGGUUCACAUCCAACCAGCCCCCAUCAACAAAAAGCAACAAAUGAAAAGAAAAAAUGGAAUGUGGUAGAAACUCACCAUGGUUUAAGCUGGCUGGAAGUAUAAUUAAUUGCUGUACUGGGUUCAAAUCUCACCAUAGUAUCGGCUUAAGAGUCUGUCGAUUUAGUUGCAUAAUUUUUUAGGAAGCCAUAAAUGAUGUUGAUAAAUUUCUUUAUAUAAAACAAUAGAUGCUAAUCAACAGUUUUGAUCAAUUUCCACAGGUUGGUUGAACGGUGUGUUCGUUUUAGCUAGAGGAUGGGAAUGAAUUUACCCCUCUGAAAACCUAGUGUACUUUUCCUUCAAGAAGAGAAUUUGGGAAGGAGGGUCUUGCGAUAUCAAUUGGUUCACAAUAGGUUUACUGCUGUUAGAACGUUUCACUUUAGGGAUUGACAUAAUCAAAGCAUAUAUACAAACUAAAAGCAUAGCUAUAAGGGUCUGAUUUACUUUGGUAAUUCGUUAGUGAAGAUUGUGUUUAAAAUGAACAGGGUGAUCAAUUCAAAGCACUUUCUUGUCGGUCUUCAAAAGUUGUCAAAUGGUUAUGAAGUGGUACAGAGAGUAGUUUGUUAUGUACACAAAAACGAAUCAAUGACUUUCAAAACUACCUAAUUCCUUUUGUUAAAGACCUUUCCUUUGACAGGUAGCAACCCACACUAUUUGGACUUCAGUGUAGUUCAAAGGUUGAAAGAAUCUUAUGAAAUACUUUGUAAUAUAAUCCAGUGCUAAGAUUUAUAAACAAAAAUGUGAAAUUGGUCAACACUUUUUUCAUGUUCUGUACUCCUACAGACAUUGAGACCAGACUGGAUUUGAUCCUUUAUUUUGCAAUAAAUAAAACUGAGAAGUAGGAUA